AUGCCCAUGUCUGACGUUCCAGCGAGCAAACAAGGCACAAGCCCAAGGCUUGAGAACCCACCGCGCGCAACGUCGCCACCGGUUCACUGGCACAAGAACCCAGACUGGAGACCAGCGGACAGACGUGACCUUUUCGAAAGCUACAAAGUGCUAUGGGAUCAAAACCAAAUGCUCGAGUCGAAGCUUUCUGCUGCUUUGGAUGCCAACACUCAGCUACGGGAUUCCAUCUCAACGAACGAGGCACUGAAAGCGGCACUCGAAUUUGAACUCAAGGAAAUGGAAAAUGAGAAUGCCGCGUUUAAUGAAUGGCAUUGUCAAGAAAUCCAAGAUAAGGACGUCGAGAUUGCUAUGUUGGAGGAAGAACUUAAGGUGCUGCGUGAACAGGGUGAACAAUCUGGAAUGAAUGUUCCAAUCCCCAAAGCAUGA